CACCGAUCAAAAAUUUUAACGAGUUUGCAACUCAAAUUUGGUUAAACCGUAUCUUUCCCGCCCCGUUAAAUGCGGGUCUCCGGGGAUAAAUUGAUUAAAGUGUGAAAUUAUCACCCCUACUCCGGACCUAAAAAAAUCGCAUCCGAUUAGCUUGCGGUAUCAGGAAAUUACCGGAAAGUCCUUCCCGGCGACGUACUGGCUCUAAUUUCAUUCGGCCGUCUCGUUGAGUGCCAGGGACUCCGAGCAGUGCCGUGGUGUGCACGCGCCGCACCUAUCGGGACGACGGCGGGCGCGUUCACGAUGCGCGUGUAGUAGGGUUCCCGAAUUGAGUCCAGAAGAAAAGGUUUGACCUAGAAUUCCAAUCCAAGCAUAGUAAUAGUCUCUCUCUCUCUCUCUCUCUAGAACGUAAAAAGUUAUGAAUAAGGAAGCGCGCAAUUUCGUUUGGGAAGGGGCGAUUCCGCUGCAGAUUCAUCUCCACGAAUCCCAAGUUACCACCGUUCCUCCUCCUCCACCAGCCCUCAUCUUAGCUCCUCGGUUAGGAUACCUUCCUUUGUUGGCUUCUCAAAUUAAACCUCACUUCAGUAGUACGCUUCCUCCGGUUGUUGACACUAUCUGGUUUGAAUACAAAGGAUUGCCGCUGAAAUGGUAUAUACCAACUGGGGUUCUAUUUGAUCUUCUAUGUGCAGAACCAGAAAGGCCUUGGAAUCUAACGGUGCAUUUUAGAGGAUAUCCGGGGAAUGUACUAACUCCAUGUGAAGGUGAAGAUAGUAUAAAGUGGAGCUUGAUUAACUCAUUGAAAGAGGCAGCAUACAUAAUCAAUGGAAACUCUAAGAAUGUGAUGAACAUGUCUCAAGCUGAUCAGGUGGAGCUUUGGCGUUCUGUCGUAAGUGGCAAUUUAGAAGUUUAUGCACGUGUUUCAUCCAAACUUAAGCUUGGAAUAGUUUCAGAUGAAUACACUGCAAAUUCAAAUUUAUCCUCUGCAAGAUCCGGACAAUUUGUGGAUGAGACUGAUAUUUCUGGACAGGACAAGGCAGGUAGAGUUCCAGUUCGGUUAUAUGUUUGGAGUGUUAGUGAGGAUAUUGACGAUUCAGAAGAUGCACCACCUAUUGAUACUUGGGACAAAAUCUCUUAUAUAAACCAACCUGUUGAAAUUCAAGAAGCAGGUAAAUACUUCACCCUACACGAUGCAGUGAAAAGCCUUCUGCCAGAGUAUUUCCAGGGAAGUUUUUUGAUUGAUGAAGAAUCAACAAGAGUACAAGGUGAAGACGAGCAGAGAGAUUCCUCCGAAGAGGCGAGCAGCAACAAAAUUGCUGAAGAUGGAGUCGAAAUUCUAUGUGAACACACAAAGUCUUGCCAGAAAUCCGACAAUGCUGAGAUCAAGCUUGUUCGAAUCCAAGGUAUCGAGCCGAAACUGGAAAUACCCUUUUCUUGGGUGGCAAACAACUUGAUGAACCCCGAUUAUUUUCUUCACAUUUGUGUCUGCUUGAAAAUUCCAAGAUUAAACACCACGUGUAGGUGAAAAGUGGUAUUUUCAAAUGCAUGAACAUGUACAGAAAAAUUUGAACUGACAACGUGUAAUUAUUUCUUCGUUCUUCAUGUUUCUGUUUUUCCUCUGUAAGAAAUUUCACGAUUUUACAAGAUCUGCUGAUCCCUGAUUACAAGAGUAGUUUGAGUGAAUAGAUUCUUAGGUACAUACUUAAAAUAAAGUUGGAAAAGAUCAUUGGAAAUACAUUUCUGUUCCAAACAAUUUAAUCUUUCUUGAAC